AUGUGUAGAAGAUGUCGUGCUUACUUUUAUAAUACACCUAACAAGAAAGCAGAAGAACAGCUCAAAAGACACACAGAAUUCUGUCAAGGAAUUAGUGGUGGACCAUUGUUUAAUGACACUCCAAAGGGCAACAAAACUAAGCUUUACUUCAGGAAUUUUGAGAAUCUCAGAAAGAAACGGUUUACAAUUUAUCUGGAUUUUGAAUCAUUGACAACACCUGUUAAAGAACCCGGAUCUAGCAACACCGUUGUUCUACAAAAACAUGUCCCCUUUUCAUUCGGAUAUUUACUAAAAGAUGAAGAAAGUGACAUGCUGACCAACUACAGAGCCUACUGUGGUCUUGAUGCUCCAAGUAAGCUAUUUAACAUGCUAAAAGAAGAUAUAGAAAAAAUUGAAAAGGUGUUAUAUACAAAGAGAAUAAGAGAUGUCCCUGAACUUACUGAUCAACAACAACAUGAGUUCGACCUGGCCACUACAUGCCACAUAUGUUUAAGAGGAGGUUUUGACGAUAGAAAUAAAAAGGUACGCUCGCAUGAUCAUGUCUCUGGCCGAUUUUAUGGAGCAGCCCACAAUCGCUGUAAUCUUUUUUACAGAGACCAGAGGGUUGUAAAUGUCGUCGUUCAUAACCUCUCCCGCUACGAUGCAAAUUUCAUUAUUCCAGAAUUAGGAAAACAAGAUGGUAAAAUUACAGUCAUUCCCCACACAACAGACACAUUUAUAAGUUUUACUAAGAAGAUGGGUGGCAUGACUGUUCAAUUUAUUGACAGUUACCGCUUCCUCUCUUUCUCUUUGGAUAAGCUGAGUAGCUUUCUCAGUGAUAAUAAAAAAGCAUUAUCACGUAAAUACUUUCCUGAGGACGAAACAUUCAAUCUUAUAACCACUAAAGGCUUUCUACCCUACGACUAUCUCUCUUCACUCUCUAAACUUGAAGAAACAUCUCUCCCUCCAAUGGAAUCAUUUUACUCCAUUUUAACAGACGAAGACAUAAAUCCACAAAAUUAUGAACAAGCAAAAUCAAUUUGGCGAGUUUUUGAAUGCAAAACCCUAAAGGACUAUGUCAUGAUUUACCAGAUGUGUGACAUUUUACUAUUGGCAGAUGUAUUUGAGGACUUUAGAUCAAUGUCAAUGAGGGAAUUCCAACUCGAUCCACUAUACUAUGUAAGUACUCCAGGACUGACCUUUGAUGCCAUGUUACGUUAUACAAAUGUGACAAUUGAUUUGUUAACUGACUUAGAAAUGGUCAAGUUUGUUCAGAGAGGAAUGCGCGGAGGAUUAGUGGGAUGUUCACACCGCUUAAGCCGUGCAAAUAACCCUUACAUGGAACACCUCUACGAUCCCACAAAACCAACCUCUUAUUUAUGGUAUAUUGAUGCCAAUAAUUUAUAUGGCUUUUGUUUAUCGAAACACCUACCAAUUAGUGAAUUCACUUGGGUUGAGGGGAAUGACGAUUUAGUGAAAGAAGUCCUACAACUACCCCCGGACUCAGACACCGGCUACUUUUUGGAAGCGGACUUCCAAUACCCUGAUCAUCUACACGACACUCACAAUGACAUGCCAUUCCUACCCGAGGUCCAAGUGAUUGACGGCCAAAAUAUGCUAAUGGAGACACUUGGCUCGAGGACGAAGUAUGUCUGCCAUUACCGAGCUCUACAACAGGCUGUGGAACACGGACUAAUUCUCACCAAGAUCCACAGAGGAAUCAAGUUCAAGCAAUCCCCAUACAUCGCCCCUUAUGUCGAAUUGACGACCAAAAAGAGGAUUGAGUCAGGCAACCCAUUUGAAGAGGAAUUUUGGAAGCUUAUGAACAAUGCCUUAUAUGAGUUUGUCGGUCUACGCAGUAAGGAGUACGCCACCAAGAAGUUUGAUGUAAAGAAGAAAAUCGAAGAAACAAACAAGAAGAAAAGCAAAGGAACACAGAAGAGAGUAGUACAGAAAGAGGUGGACUUUGAAGACUAUAAAGAUAGCCUCUUUAACACCCGACCUAAGGAAGAAAAAACUAAAACUGGACUAUGCGCAACUACAGAGGACUUCGGACUUCGGACUUCUGACUCGACUCCAGGGCAGUCAAGGGUUCGACUCCAGGCCAGCACCAAGGACAUCAAGGCAGGGACGAGCAUCUCCGAGCAUCUCAGGAGCCCGGACGACCCGUCACCACGCCGUGUUGCUGAGCAGUCCAGCAGUCUAAGGAGCAUCACAGCGCAGAGCAUCAGGCAGAGACAGAGUGUCGCAGUGCCCACACCGGACAGGCUACGGCUACGCUUCAAUUUUUAA